AUGGGUUAUGAUAUGUUUUUAAAACGGAAUAUCUAUUUCUGUCAUUCAUUUAAACAAAACAAGCACAGUAAACUGUUGAACAAAAUGCUAACAGCCUGCUUGACUUUAUUAAUUUUAACUGAAACAAUCGUACUGUCAAGCGGCGAAUUAUCUUUAGACGCAAUAGGUCAAUGUGAAUAUGAUACAAACAUUGAACGUAUUGACUGUAAUCCUGAACAACAUUCAAGUUAUGGGGAUUGUAAGUCAAGAGGAUGUUGUUGGCAAUCAAAAAGUGAUAUGACUGGUGGUGCUGAUGAUGAUGAAACAAUGCCAGCGUGUUAUUUUCCAAAAUCUUAUCCAACUUAUAAUGUCUAUGCAAUUAAAAAAACUGAACGUGGUUUUAUUGCCCAGUUGAAUAAGCCUAAUCCAAAGUAUUAUUGGGAUGAAGUGAAAAAUAUUUCAUUUGAGCUGAGACAAGAAACAUCGACUAGACUACGGUUACGAUUUACAAUACCAUCGCAACCAAACAGAUGGGAACCAUAUAUACCCCUGGGAAAACCAGAAAAAAUGCCAAUAAAAGAUAUUCAGUAUAAAGUUUCUAUGGAGAAAUCACCUUUUGGAAUAAAAGUUACACGAAAAAACACAGAACAAGAUGUCAUAUUAGAUUCAACUGGGUCACUUGCUUCAUCCUUGAUUAUUUCACCACAGUUUUUACAAAUAUCAUUUCGUUUGAAUGCAGAAACAAGUUUUGGUCCUGGAGAAAUAGACAAAUCAUUUCCACAACCUCUGAAUACCUGGACACGAUUUGGACUUUGGGCACAUGAUGGCGUACCAAAAGAAACCGUCAAUUCUUAUGGUGUACACAAUUUCUUUAUGGGUCUGAAACAUGAUGGAACUGCAUUCGGGAUCUUCUUCCUCAACAGCAAUGCACAAGAAGUAGCUACAACACCUCUUCCAGCUAUUACAUAUCGAACAAUUGGUGGCAUAUUAGACUUCUUCAUCUUCACUGGACCCAAACCAUUAGAUGUAUUGAAUCAAUAUUAUGCUCUCAUUGGACAUCCACCAAUACCACCAUACUGGUCACUAGGAUUUCAUCUCUGUAGAUAUGGUAUGAAGAAUUUGGAUGAAGUGAAGGCAGUACUGAAACGGAAUUUGGAUGCAGGGAUUCCCGUAGACGCACAAUGGUUUGAUAUCGACUACAUGGAUGCAUAUAAGAUUUGGUCAGUGGACAAUAAUAGGUUCGGUGGGAUGAGUGAUUUCGUGAAGGAUGUCCUACACGACAAGUACAAGAUGAGAGCUGUGUUAAUUGUAGAUCCGGCUGUCAGCACGAAGGGUGGUAAAGACUAUUUACCAUACGAGGAGGGCAUGAGAUUAGGCGUUUUCAUCAAUGACAGUCGGACAGGAAAUACUACUGAGGAGUUGUGUGUUCGAUGGAGUCAGUUGGGUGCUUUCUAUCCAUUUUCUAGAAACCACAAUGAAAAUAAAGCGAAGCAUCAGGAUCCAGCUAAUUGGAGUGAAGAAGCUACAAAGGCUAUCAAAGAAGCUAUCAAAUUGAGAUAUCACCUACUACCAUACAUAUAUUCCCUAUUCUAUCGAUCUUACAUAUAUGGAACGACUGUGGUUCGCGCCCUAGCUUUCGAGUUCCCUGAAGAUUUGGCCACACACAAGGUCAAUGCACAAUUCAUGCUUGGAUCGUGCAUCCUCGUCACUCCAGUGUUGGACGAAGGGCGAACAGGUGUGGAGGGUUAUGUUCCAAUGGGUGAAUGGAUCAACCUAGCCACUGGAAAACGAUAUGUCAGUCGAGGUGAUUGGAUGUAUUUUGAGGCACCAUUGAAUGUCAUUCCAAUUUCUAUGCGAUGUGGUUGUAUCAUUCCUAUGCAGGUAUCUACUGAAGCAACAGACAUUGCACGCAAGAAGGGAUUUGUUUUGUUAGUACUUUUGUCUUCAACGGAUGAUGGUAGUGAUACUGCUGGGAAGGGAAUCACAGCAUCGGGUGAGUUGUAUUGGGAUAAUGGAGAUGAUGUCAAAUUGAAUUAUUUGCAUGUGAGUUUUGAAGUUCAGAACCGUCUUCUGUCAGCGAUUUCGACACCUUCCAGCCAUGAAAGUUUACAGAAAAUCGAUUGGAAAGAACUCGACCUGAAAGUCGUAUUAAUAGUUGGUUUAAGUAAAAAUCCAAAGCAAAUCCUGUUUAACGGUCAUUCAGCUAAGUUCACCUGUUAUGAAAACUACCAAACUUGUCAGCUAUACGGUGAACCUAAAUGGUCAUUAAUCGAGAACUUCAGCACUGAAUGGAAAUUUUGAUUGCUACUCUUUUUCUUAUCAUUGUGUACUAUAUCAGUGAGUUUUUGAAAAUUUCAUCAGCAGUUUAUUUUUACUACUCUAU